GCCGAGAGGAGCUGGACGUCCCCUUGGAUCUUCACACAGCUGCCUCCAUUGGCCAGUACGAGGUGGUGAAGGAGUGUGUGCAGCGGGUGGCUUUUCCCAUGUCAAUCUAGAAAAUUCCUCAGACCCGCCCGGAGGUUUAUCUCUUAGUCGAUUUCAGAUCCUGUCAAAGUCAAGAUUAACCCUUAAAAGAGUUUAAGGCAGAGGAUGGAAACACCCGCUUGCCUUCUCUCUACUGGGACAGGUGAUUACUGCCUUCUGGAAAGUCAGCUUGUCCCACUAGGCCUGGCACCUGGCUCUGAUGGAAGCCCACAUGUGGGAUGCUGGGAAUAUCUAGCAUAUCUUGCGUUUGUUUAGGAGAGAGUUAGAUUUGAAUAAGAAGAAUGGUGGUGGUUGGACCCCGCUGAUGUAUGCCUCCUACAUUGGACACGAUACCAUUGUCCACCUGCUGCUCGAGGCAGGGGUGAGUGUGAAUGUGCCGACCCCAGAAGGGCAGACUCCACUGAUGCUGGCCUCCAGCUGUGGCAACGAGAGCAUCGCCUACUUUCUGCUCCAGCAAGGUGCAGAGCUUGAAAUGAAAGACAUCCAGGGCUGGACUGCACUCUUCCACUGCACCAGUGCCGGCCACCAGCAGAUGGUCAAGUUCCUCUUGGACAGUGGAGCCAAUGCCAACGUGAGAGAGCCUGUAUAUGGAUUCACUCCUUUGAUGGAAGCAGCUGCCUCUGGCCAUGAGAUAAUUGUGCAGUAUUUUCUGAAUCAUGGAGUCAAAGUAGACAUAAGAGACCACAGUGGAGCCACAGCCCGCAUGCUGGCCAAGCAGUAUGGUCACAUGAAGAUAGUGGCCUUGAUGGAUACUCACUCGCCUGCACUGCCUAAGAGCCUUUACCGGAGCCCAGAAAAAUAUGAAGAUCUGAGCUCUUCAGAUGAGUCCUGGCCUAUUCCUCAGCGCCAGAGGCCCUGUCGAAAGAAGGGCCUCAGCAUCCAUGAGGGGCCACGUGCUCUGGCCAGGAUCACAGCUAUUGGACUUGGAGGCAAGACCCAGACCAGCUAUGAGCAAGUUCCUCCACGGGGCUAUGUGACCUUCACCAGCAGUGAUGAGAACACCUUGGAAGUUGAGGGCCUCUGCUACCGAGAUGUCACCUCCCCCAUUAAUGAGCGGGAUGUGGAGAGCAGCAGCAGUAGCAGCAGCCGGGAGGAACCCACUUUCUGUACCAGUCUUGGGCCUGUGUGGAGGAGCAGCAGCAGCGAUGGCCUAACAAGAGCCCAGGGGCUCAGCAGUGAAGCUUCCAUAGAAAGCAAUGAGGAUUCUGAUCAUACCCGCAAAAGCUCAGUCCGCAAACAAACCAAGAAUUAUUUGAAGAAUAAGAAUCGUUACAGCAACAGUGACAGUCAGUGGCCUUCCAGCACUGGGACUGUAUGCACUCCAGGCUCUGAACCUCAAGCUGAAAAGUCCCCCUACUCAGGACCUCAGGACCUUGCCACACUGCUGGAGCAGAUUGGGUGUCUGAAGUACCUGCACGUGUUUGAGGAACAGGAUGUGGAUCUUCGUAUCUUCCUGACCCUCACUGAAAGUGACCUGAAGGAAAUCGGCAUUACGUUGUUUGGACCUAAAAGGAAGAUGACCUCUGCCAUUGCCCGCUGGCACAGUAGUGCCCGCCCCCCUAGUGAUGCCCUGGAGCUGGCCUAUGCUGACCGACUAGAGGCUGAAAUGCAGGAGCUUGCUAUCCAGUUGCACAAAUGCUGUGAGGAGGCAGAGGCCCUUCGUGGCCAGGUGUCCCAAGAGCAGGAAUUGCGGGCUGUAGUGGAGAGCUGCCUCCUGGAGCAGGAUAGUGCCCGAAAGGACAUCCAUGCCCAGCUGCAGGAGGCCCAGACCCUAGCUAAGGAUGCUGCCCUUGUCCUGGACCAGCUUCGGGCCUGUCAGGCUGAGCUGUCAGCUCGAGUGAGGCAGGACCAAUCCCCUACUGAAGCUUCCCUAAGUCCACCUUUUCUCUCGGCAGAUUCCAAAGGCUGGCCUAUUCCCCUGCAGGCCUUGAGCCUCCCUGAGUUGUCAGGGGCCCUGGAAGACUGUGUCCAUGAGAUGGGGCAGGCAUUAUGCUCUGUAACACAGAGCCUGGAGAAGCUACAGACGCUGAAUGGGAAGAAAUGGCGGGAACCGUAGCCAGGAGGGAUGAUUCUGACGUUGGGUGAUGGAUCCACCCUGAAGUUAUAUGAGUCAUGCAAGACAGGGGAGUGAGCAGAUGUCCACAGCCGCCUAGGGGGUGGAAAACCAGCCCAGGGAACAGCUUGUGGACAGGAGGACAAGACUCAGUCCCUGCUUGGGCAGCUUGGGCCAGCCCUGAGGCAGGAUGAAUGGCCUGACAUCCAGGUCCUGGUGAAAAGACCCCAAGCGGGUAGGAAGCUCUGACCCAGACAGGGCUGUGGGAAGAAUGUGUCCCCACACAAGCAGGUGCCACAUUGAGGUGAGGUCUGGGGUGUCUAAAAAUGUGCUGCUUGUUGGAAAAUAAAAUUACCUGCA